AGCCCAAGUCCACUCCGAGCCCCAGAGCGCUUCGCCAUGCAGUGGCUCACCGGCGGGCUGCGCGGAAAGAGCGAGCAGAAGAAGCAGAGCUCCUGCAGGGAGCUUCGGAUCGCCACCUCUGGCAGCCACUCUGUGCGCUCCAACGUCGAGGUCUUGCGGGUGGAUGGGGCCGGGAGCUUCUCGCAGAACGGCCGGGUCCGCGCAGCGGUGUUUGUGCCGACCACGUCGACGACCAUCCAGUUUCACGCGGAGCAGCAGAAAAAGUCGGCACCCUGCUCGGGCCGCGCCUCGUCGGUGCACGCGCUCCAGAUGUUCUCACCCGAGGACACAAAGACGCUGCUCGACGAUGCCAAGCGCAUCGGAUCCUCCAUCGGGUGGGUCGACCGCGGCGUCAGCUUGCCGACGCAAGGCGCCACGCCUCUGGGACCCUUCCGAGAGCCUUCCGAGAGCCUUCCGAGAGCCGUCCACGUCCUUGUGCAAAACCUGACAAAGGAGUCGCAGGACCUGGUCCACCGCGCGAUCCGCGAACGGCUGCUCCCGUUUGCGCGGCGACAGUACCCGCACCUGACGGCUGCCUUUGACAAGCAGCCCUACCCCCGGCCCGGCAACCUCUUCAUCGUGCGCUACUCCGCGGCGUCGCAGCGGCCCGGUGGGCGCGGGCUCAAGCUGCACAAGGACGAGACGGCGCUGACCUUCAACCUGUGCCUCUCGCACGAGGAGGAGUUCACCGGCGGCGGCACCUACUUCCCCGCCGCCUCCUCCGACGUCGACGGCAUCCUCAUUCGCCCAAAGGGCGGCUACUGCCUGGUGCACGAUGGAAACAUCAAGCACGCGGGCAACGAGGUGCGGUCGGGCGACCGCUUCAUCCUGGUGGGCUUCUACAACGCGGACGGGCGCGACCGCGCGGGGGAGGACGAGUUCUUCGGGCCCGCGGCGCGCGAGGCGCAGCUUCGCGCGCAGCUGCCGCAGCCCGUGCAGACCAUCUACUUUACGACUGCGGUGGCGUCGCAGCGCGGCGGCGGCGGGCCGGGCGAGGGCGGCGCGGCCGAAGCCAAUGGCGAGGGCGCGUACCGCGCCGACGCCGAGUACGCGGAUCCGCCGCCGCCUGCCCGCGGCAGCGUCGGGUGCGGCGGGUGCGGCGCGGCGGCCGCAGUUUUGGGGCUGAGCGCGGUAGCCAUCCAGGGCCCGGUGAGUCCAAAGGAGGCUGGGGCGCCGGGCGCCAGCAGCAGCGCGGGGGCGGCCGCCGCCCCCGGAGGCGGAGGCCCGCCCGGCGGCGCCAACGCGGGCGCGUGCGGCGGGGGCGGGGGCGGCCGCGACGAGCCGCCGCUCAGCGACACUUAUUGGCGCUCGCACUCGCCGCCGCACAAGAGCCAGACGCGCGGCUCGGCGCCGGCGACUUGCAUGCCGACAUGGAUGGUGGUGCUGCAGGGCCGUUGGCGGCCCGCCACGGCGCUGGCCAAGUGACGCGCGGGAGCCGCGAUUUGCUACUCUUUUCGGCGGCGGCGCGUCGUGGCCCAGCCGGCGCUUGUGCGCGCUUGGCUGCUCUGCGCGCCCCGGACGCGGUUGUUUUCUCGUCGGUUGGGGCUGGGGGUGAGGGAUAGGGGAAGGGGGCAAGGGAUGUGCUUCGCGAUGGCCUGGUAGGGCUCCCUGUGCGGUCUGUGGGUAGAUUGGUCCUGUGCAAGGUGGUGGGGGGAGAGAGAGAGAGGCGGCGCGUGGCGGCCCGGUCCCCCCGCCUCCCCCCAGCGCGCCCACCUGUACUACGGGGCGAGGCGGGCCCGGCGCGCCCCGCGACGCCCGCGCCUGCGGAGAGAGCUGUUAAGAGAAGGGCGGCACUAUGUAUGAUAG